AGGAGGAGGAGGAGGAGGAGGAGGAAGAGGAGGAGACGGACGGGCGGCCCUGCCUCGCCGCAGGGAGGUGACCGAGGCCGGCCCGGCCCCUCGCUCCCUCCCCUCCGGUGCCACCUCCUCCUGCCAGCGGCGUCGGCGACAGUGCCCGGCCGGCGGGGGCGGAGGCGGCCGGCCUCCUCCGAGGGCGACCCCAUGGCCGGAGGCGGAAGCCCUCUCCGGCCCUCGGCCGGGGCCCGCCUGCUCCCCGCGACAUCCCCGGCCUGCCUCUUAGUCCUGCUGCUCCUCUGGACAGCCUUCCCCAUCACCCGGGGAGUCGAGAAGGAGCUUCACGCCUGCAAAGAGUCCGAGUACCAUUACGAGUACACAGCCUGCGACAGCAUGGGAUCUCGCUGGAGGGUCGCUGUGCCUCACACCCCCGGUCUGUGCACCAGCCUCCCCGAUCCCGUCAAGGGCACCGAAUGCUCUUUCUCCUGCAAUGCCGGAGAGUUCCUGGACAUGAAGGACCAGUCGUGCAAGCCCUGUGCCGAAGGCCGCUACUCCCUGGGGACAGGCAUCAGGUUUGACGAGUGGGAUGAGCUACCCCAUGGCUUUGCCAGCCUGGCCGCCAACAUGGAACUGGACGACGGCUUCAGCGAGUCAGCGGAGAACUGCACUUUGUCGACGUGGGUCCCGCUGGGAGAUUACAUCGCCUCCAACACGGAUGAGUGCACGGCCACCUUGAUGUACGCUGUCAACCUGAAGCAGUCCGGCACGGUCUCGUUCGAGUACUUCUAUCCGGACACCAGCAUCAUCUUUGAGUUCUUUGUUCAGAACGACCAGUGCCAGCCCAACGCCGAGGGCUCCAGGUGGAUGAAAACCACGGAGAAGGGGUGGGAACUACACAGUCUGGAGUUGAAUCGAGGCAACAACGUUCUGUACUGGAGAACCACAGCCUUCUCUGUCUGGACCAAAAUCCCCAAGCCCGUGCUGGUGAGGAACAUCGCCAUUACAGGUGUGGCCUACACAUCCGAGUGCUUCCCCUGCAAACCGGGCACUUCCGCGGCCAAGGAAGGCUCCUCUUCCUGCAAGCUGUGCCCAGCCAACACCUACUCCAACAAGGGAGAGAGUGCUUGCCACCAGUGCGACGCCAACAAGUACUCAGAACAAGGAGCCUCCUCCUGUAAGCUGCGUCCAGCUUGCACAGAUAAAGACUAUUUCUACACUCACACGGCUUGUGAUGCCAAUGGAGAGACUCAACUCAUGUAUAAGUGGGUGGAGCCAAAGAUCUGCGGCGAGGACAUGGAAGGGGCAGUGCAACUGCCCGCCUCGGGGGUGAAGACCCGCUGCCCACCUUGCAACCCAGGGUUCUUCAAAUCCAACAGCAGCUCCUGUGAGCCGUGCCCCUACGGCUCCUACUCCAACGGAUCAGGCUGUGUCAGCUGCCCGGCUGGCACUGAGCCGGCCCUGGGCUUCGAAUACAAGUGGUGGAACACACUGCCACCGAACAUGGAAACCACUGUGCUCAGCGGCGUCAACUUUGAAUACAAGGGCAUGACAGGCUGGGAGGUGGCUGGCGACCACAUUUAUACUGCCGCCGGAGGGUCGGAUAAUGAUUUCAUGAUCCUGACCCUGAUCGUUCCAGGAUUCAGCCCUCCACAAUCGGUUACGGAGGACACAGAGAACAAAGAGGUAGCCAGGAUCACCUUUGUCUUCGAGACCAUUUGCUCUGUGAACUGCGAGCUUUACUUUAUGGUGGGCAUGAACUCCAGAAUCAACACUCCAGUGGAGACCUGGAUCGGCUCCAAGGGAAAGCAGUCCUACACCUACAUCAUCCAGAAGAACUCCACAAUGAGCUUCACCUGGGCCUUCCAGAGGACCACCUUCCACGAAGCGGGCAGGAAGUACACCAACGACAUGGCCAAGCUGUACUCCAUCAACGUCACCAAUGUCAUGGACGGGGUGGCCUCCUUCUGCCGCCAGUGCGCCUCGGAGGCCUCCGACUCCGGCUCCUCCUGCACCGCGUGUCCCGCUGGCCACUACAUCAACCGGGACUCGGGGGCCUGCCAGCCCUGCCCCCCAAACACCUUCCUCAAGGCUCACCAGCCCUAUGGCAGCCAGGCCUGUGUACCCUGCGGCCCGGGCACCAGGAGCAACAAGAUCCACUCGCUCUGCUUCAACGACUGCUCCUUCUCCAUCAGCAGCCCAGCCAGGACCCUGACUUAUGAUUUCUCAGCCUUGGCAAGCCCUGUAUCCCUAGCAGGGGGGCCAAGCUUCACUUCCAAAGGGCUGAAAUAUUUCCACCAUUUCACCCUCAGCCUCUGUGGGAAUGAGGGAAAGAAGGCAGCCAUCUGCACCGACAACGUCACCGACAUCAACCUCCCUGGAGACGACUCGAGCUUCUCCAAGUCCGUGUCCUCCUAUGCCUGCCAGGCCGUUAUAAUCCCCUCCGAGGUCACAGGCUACAAGGCUGGGGUGUCCUCACAGCCUGUCAGCCUCGCUGACCACCUCAUAGGGGUUUCACCGGAUGUAACCCUGGAUGGGAUCACCUCCCCAGCUGAAUACUUCCCGUCAGAGACCGUGGGCACUCCAGACAUCAUCUUCUUCUACAGGUCCAAUGAGGUGACUCAGUCGUGUGCGUCCGGGAGGACAACCACCAUCCGGGUGAGGUGUGACCCGCUGAAGCCCAGCCCGGGCAGACUCUCCCUACCACCCUCCUGCUCUGAUGGAACCUGUGAUGGCUGCGGCUUUCACUUCCUGUGGGAGAGCGUGGCAGCCUGCCCUCUCUGCUCUGCCUCCGACUAUCAUGCCAUCGUCAGCAGCUGCGUAGCGGGUAUUCAGAGGACCACGUAUGUGUGGCGAGAGCCCAAGCUGUGUACUGGGGGCAUCACGCUGCCUGAGCAGAGGGUCACCAUCUGCAAGACGAUGGAUUUCUGGCUCAAGGUGGGCAUCUCUGCGGGCACCUGUGCAGCCGUCCUUCUCACCGUCAUGACCUGCUACUUCUGGAAGAAGAACCAAAAGCUGGAAUACAAGUACUCCAAGCUGGUAAUGAACUCCACCCUGAAGGACUGUGAGCUGCCCACCGCCGACAGCUGUGCCAUCAUGGAGGGCGAGGACGUGGAGGACGACCUGAUCUUCACCAGCAAGAAGUCACUCUUCGGCAAGAUCAAGUCAUUCGCCUCCAAGAGAACAGCAGAUGGGUUCGACUCGGUGCCCCUGAAGACGUCCUCGGGUGGCGUGGACAUGGACCUGUGACCCGCCCGCCCCUCCUUGCCUCUGCGUCUCGCACUUUGGGUGCGGUGUUCCGAGGGCCUGCAGCCUCCCAGCUUCCCCGUCACCUACAGCUGGACACUCCUCACGUGGCCUUAGCAGAAAAAGUCUGGACUUUGGAUGGUUCUUUUAUUUUUACGCCAAACUUUCCCUUCUUGCCCCAGACCUGCCAAAUACACCCGCGGUUUGUUUAA